UUUCAUUUUUUUUUUUUUCAAACAGAAAAUUUUCUGGAAUGUGAUAUGGGAAGUUUACCAGUUUCACCAAAACCUCCAUCAACCUGAAUAAAAUACAAGGAACCUAAAAGUUGAAGGCCAUGGGUAAACCAAUCAGGUGAAAAUUGAAACAUCGACAGCGGCACUGUUUCUCAUCUACUUAAGAAGAUCAGCAAAUUGUUUGGUUGCGGAAAUGUAACAUUGAAAGCCAACAGUGCAUCACUUGAGGAACAUUAAAGAGAAGUGAUACAGCAUCAAUUAAUAUUAAUCUCAAUGAAAAAGAUUCUGAUGAAAUGUAAAGUGCUUUUGAAUAUUUAGCAAUUCUAAUAUUCAAAACAAAAAUUCUUCUUCUUUCUCUCCCUCCCGCCUCUUUCUUGGAAAAUACUGCUCUGAAACAACUACAACUACUACUACUACUACAACUACUACUACUAUUACUACUGCUAUCACCACCACCCAUGGAAGAUUGGAUUAAACACUUAUUGGGCAUUUAAAUCCACGAAUAAAAAGAACAAGGUAACAGAAAAUAUAUGCAUGAAUUUAUCUGGAUUAUUUCUCAUAUUGGAUUAUAAAUUCUUUUUCUGUUUUACUUUAUAUUCCAAAGAAUAACGAACCAACCUGCUCAGCAUAAUGUUCUUAAAUGAUUCCUACGACAACAUGGAAUAUGCAGCCAAUAUGUCACUGUGGGAGAAUGUCUCCUCAACAGCGACAGGUAUGACUGAUAUUGAAAAUCCAGAACGCAGUGGAUUUAUGAAAUUUUCCGCUGUAUAUGAGAAAGCGCAUGGUUAUAUUAGUGUCACUGUUUGUAUAUUUGGGGUAAUUUCAAACAUAUUGAAUAUUUUUGUGUUGACAAGAAAACACAUGAUUUCUCCUACUAAUUAUAUUUUAACAGCUCUAGCAAUUUUUGAUAUGUUCACUAUGACAACAUAUAUCCCAUAUGCUGCAUACCUUUAUAUUUUUGCUUCUCCUAGCCAAAGUUCCUAUCAUCCAUAUGCAUGGGUGCUAUUCAUUGUUAUUCACAACAACUUUAUCAUAACCUGCCAUACCAUAGCACUUUGGUUAACUGUUUCAUUGGCUGUUUUCCGAUAUAUCUUUGUUUGUCAUCACACACAAGCACCAACACUCUGCAACUUAGCCCGCUCAAAACUUACAGUUUUAAUAACAGUUGGAAUAAACAUCUUGUUUUGUAUACCUAACUAUGCACAAUUUGUCGUCAAUGAGAUGUCAUCAGACGGUACCAAUAUUUCAUACUGGAUAUAUCAACGGGAUCUUCCACCUAUCUUUUUCACCAUAACAUUUUGGCUCUUCGGUGUCUUGAUGAAGGUAGCGCCAUGCACAUUCUUGACAAUCCUCAGUGCUAUCUUAAUACAUGCAAUGCAUAAAGCAGAAAAACGAAAAGCUCGACUCCAUUCACAAGGCUCACGAGCUACACAAGAAUCUUCUAGCACAGAAAGCAACAGAACAACAAAGAUGCUUAUAGCUGUGGUCUUAUCAGUGGUUAUUACUGAGUUACCACAAGGAAUACUUGCUCUGAUAAGUGGCAUCCACCAAGAUUUUUUCUCAAAUGUUUAUGUGCCUUUAGGAGAUGUAAUGGAUAUUCUCGUACUAAUUAACAGUGCAAUUAAUUUUAUUCUUUACUGUAUUAUGAGUCAAGCUUUCCGAAAAACAUUCAGGACUCACAUCUUUAACGUUUGUGUAAAUAAUGUUCGGAAUCGAACUAACAAGAAUGGCGUAACUUAUAGUUCAAUUCAAACAGAAGUGACACAAGUAUAGAAUAAUUUAAAUUUAAAAAAAAACAACAAAAAAAAAUGAAAUAAAAAAAAUGAAAAAAAAAGAAACUCCAAAUCCUAGAACAAUGUGAUUUAAAGUUAGUUAUUUCUUCUAACUAAAUCAUUUCAUUUUAGUAAACAUUUAAAAAGUCAUUUCAAAAACAAUAUGUGAACAGAUACAAGAAGAAAUAACAAAUAUUAAAAAUAUUGAACAGAUUUAAAUCGCGUCUGGCCCAUUACCGAGGAGAUAUACUUAGCAGAUAAACAACUGUUUCUCAAGGAUUUGAGAAAUCAUUUGUAGAUGGCGCCCAUGUUCAGCACUUAGAAACCAAACACAAAUAAAAAGCACUAUCUUUAUCUUUCCAAUAUUAAACUAUAAUUUAAACAUUUAAAUCUGGACUGUUUUGACAAUAACUUCGUUUAUGGUUGUUAUGCUGGUAUUAGUAAACAAAUUUAUUUUUAAAUUAUCAAAAAUUUAACUAAAAGACAAAAAAAGCCGUUAUAACUUCGGAUUUAUUAUUAUUAUUAUUAUUGGUUUUGUUUUGUUUUAACAUUUAUGGUCGUAAGUUUCCUUAACAGACAGACAGAUAUUAAAUUGCUAAAGCAUACUGAUAGUAAUUGUUAAAACAAAAUGCAAAAAUAGAAGCCAAAAUGCUGCAUAAAAGCUACAGAGAUGGUUCGGUGAACCAUGAAAUACACCAAACCCGAUCACUUUUUAAGCCUCUGGGAAGCACAAGUAAGACCUGUAUCGGAAUACUGUUCACAUCUAUGUGACAAUCCUAUUGUUGUUACGCACACACACACACAUACAGACGUGCAAACAUGCAUAUAUGCAUACAUUCACAAUCUGAGAUUGCAUUCAAAAGAAGGUCAUUCGACCGACAGGCAAAAUAUCUAACCAUUAACUCACAGACAUGCUGUUUCUUCUCUUCGCCUCACCUAACAAUAGACUAUGCUCCUCUGAACUAGCUAACUGCCUACCUUUGCCACCCAGAUUUUGUUUGUCCAAUGAGCAUUUCUUCUUGUCCUAUCACCCUUACUGAGGCCCUCCUCCUGGACCCUGCAUUAAACGCUUUGUUCAGUUCUUCCUUCUCAGAAGAGUAAGCUUCAAGACUUCCUUCCUUCUGUUGAAGCUGAACAUAACAAUCCUGUCAACCUCACCAGCGUGUGCAAAUCUGUGAAGCUCAAGAGCAUUGAGUGCCCUUCUGCCUUCGAUUAUAUAUACAUAUACAUAUAUAUAUAUAUAUAU